CCGGAACCCUGGGACCAUGCCGGGCCGCUCCAGUCUGGACAAGCCGCUGUUACCACCCGUGGUGGCGGGCGAGCCGCUCACGGACUCGGCGAGGGCGCACGGGCUCUGGGAGCCGUUGGCAGCUAUCCCGGCAGGCGCGCGGUUGAAGAGGCGAGACGGUGAGCCGCUCACGGAUAGUGAGUACGUGCUCUGGGAAGGCAGCACCUGGGAGCGGUGCUGCUGGCCUUGCUGCUGCUGUGCGCCGUGCUGCUGCGUCGCCUCUCACUGGACGCUGACGAGCCGGCGCUUCGACAAGCGGCACGGCUGCUGUGGCAUGUCGGAAGACACGCUCGACCUGCGGCGCAUUGCAGACGUGCACUUCGACGCGGGCGCCUUCCCAUGCUGCCUGUGCACGGGCGUAGUGCGGGUCUUUGCGCCUGCCGACAUCGACGCGGAGGAGGGCGGGCUAGUCGUAGACACGUACGACGCGAGGACGCUCUUCUCGCGGCUCAAGUUCGCUUGGACGCAGGCGAGUGCUAAGCUGCUGCUCGCGAGCGCCGCGGCGAUCGGUGUGGAGAGGCAUGGAGGCGGCGGCGAUGGCGGCGACCACCACGCGGCCUGACUGCGCCAGAAAUCGCAACUCCUGCCCUUGCCUUGAUUGGCUCUGAGUCUAGGCGACCUAGUUUUUGCUCACAGUACCGCCAGGAGUCGUUUACUAGCCAUCCUCACCGCUAGCGCUAGAGCCGUACGCUUUUUGA